UUUCUAUCUAAGUUAUUGGCACCAUAUGAUUCUAGCUGCGUGAAGACAAUUUGGGUAAUCUGCAGUGUUCCUUCCAACCUGAGUCCAUAUGUUCCGUGAUAUAUAUUUCAUCAUUUCCGAAUAGAUUGACUUCAUCAUGACACUCAUCUGUCCCUAUAAAGUAUUUUCGUCUUGAAUGACAUUUUCAACUCUCAACACCUUUGAUAAAAAAUAUAAUCGCAAAAUGCUGGCGGCACAGACUUCCUACACACUCGUUGCCUUUUGCGGCGACACUGACGACGUGGCCCUUGCUACAGACUUUAUCCAGAUAUCAAAAAGAUUCAUCGAAGGUGGGCUGAAGCCAACGUGUCUUUCGUCAAGAAAUAUUGAAGAAACAACCAGCAGCACCAAGAAGUUACCAUCAAAUACAGAGAAACCGUUCUAUCAAGUCACAAGGCCAGAAGAUCUAAAGCAACAGAUCCUAAACUGGACGACAAACAUAUCUCCUCAUCUACACAGUGGUGACCGAGUCAUCAUCGUCCUCAUUGGUAAUGGCACCAGAAACAGGCCUGACUUUAUCAUCAACUCAGAACAUGGUCGCGAGUUCUUGACCAGAACCGAAGUCACUGCCUCGCUGUCAACAAUCCCGAAAGAUGUAGGCCUGCUGAUCAUCAGCGAAGUGUGCUUUACAAAAUCUUGGAGGGCCGAUCGACCUGAAAGCACGCGGUAUUUAUCAGCUAGAUAUGUGGCUGCCUACGUUGAAGAGCUCAUCACAUAUGAAGAAGGGCGAAUCCUGGACCACAGUUGCUUGAGAGAAGAGGAAAUGCAGCAUAUUGCAUCGGAUUAUGGAACGUGCAAACUACCAGGCUCUUCUAGGGGCCUGUGUCGGAAUAUGACGCACUUUAGUCUCUCGCCAGAUGUUGCGAAUGCCAUAGUCGAAAUUGCAUUUAAUGAACAUCGCUUUAAAUACACACUCUUGCCUCUCACAGAUCCAUACACUCCUUGGAGCAGACGGCGACAGAAUAUACCAUCAGACGUCAAAAUCCCAAUGGAAGCUCCUGAUGGGUUGGAUAUGCAACGAGCUGUGAUGGAGGCAUUUUUAGAUGACAUGGGCAAGAUGAAAGGAUAUGCCUGCCAGAAAGGGUUCGGCCUGGGAGUGCUAUGCCAGGCUGCUCUUACCAACAGCAGCACUGCAGAUAGACAAGUGGAACGAACAGUCAACACUAUUGCAUGGCAGGCGACGCAGGUCCUCCGUGUGUGGCAUGCUAUCAAUCGUCUAGUGGAUAAAGGCUUGAUUGCACAUGCUCUCGACCCGGAGAAGGCCCAAAAUCACAAUAGUCUUCGCUGUAUUUACUCUGAUGAUAUGAUGGGUAAAUGGUUUUAUGGCAGCCCAGAAGUGUCGUCUUUAAGAUUCCCUCCAUCGGAGGAAGACUACUUCCCAGUGGACAAUGAUGAGGCUGUUCAAUAUCUUCCAGAUGCUCUGACUUGCAACCAUGAUGUUUAUCGAUUCAAAUUUAAAGGAUGGAGGCUUGAUGGCAGCAUCAGGAGUACAGGAAAAGCGUCAUGGAGCUGGCCGGCCCGGUGUCGACAGUGGGGCUUUAAAUGGAUUUUAUGUGUGUAUUACUAGUCUAUUAGGAUGUUUAAUACAAUUGCCUUACCGUUAGCCAA